UGUUACAUACCUAACGUCCGCCAUGACAGUCUGAAAUUUCCUUCUUCAGAUCAGAGAAACAUGGACAGCUAUCGAGAAGAAUGUGAUCUUUUAGCAGACAAGGCUAUAACUGUUGCUGUUAUGAAACUGGGCAAAGAUAUAUUGAACUCAAGAAAUCUGUUUGCAAAUAUAAAACAGUUGUCUAAAGAUGGCGUCCAGGAAUGUAUGAGUUACUUGGAAGUUUUUGAGAAAGAACCGCCUUGGACUGUUGAUUGGGAAGCAAUAGAAGCUGGAAGAAGGUUCUUCGUUCGCAAUGCUAUAAUGGGAGGACUAGUAUUGAUGUAUGGGAGUCUUGUUUCAUCUUUUGCUGCAGCUAAAGGAAACAAGGUGUUAAUGGCAACUAGUCGGCUAACAGGAUAUGGAGAUGUGCGUCAAAGAGUUUUUGAGACUCUAGCAUUUGUUAAGGUUGUCAUGUUGAAAGACAAGGAAGCAAUCAAAAAAGUAUGUUGUAGAGUUAGACUUCUCCAUGCAGCAGUCAGGUAUUACAUCACUCACUCCAUGGACAACUGGGACUACAAUGAAUGUGGUCAUCCUGUUAGCCAAGAAGAUAUGGCAGGCACCUUAUCAACCUUCUCGUCAAGUGUCAUACAUGGUUUAGAUUGGUUAGGUAUCACAGGAUCAAAGGAAGAAUGUGAUGGAUACCAACAUUUAUGGAAGUAUGUUGGUUAUCAUUUAG